AUUCGCGUCCCACAUCAAUGAAGUUGGCGCCAUUUAUCCGUGCCUCUGGAUCAUGGCGUUUUUGGAGUGUGUAUCACCCGACCUCAUUUACCCCAGUGUGCGCACGGAGGUUUUGCCAGUCUUCAUUAAGGCCCACGACAUCCAGUAACGAAACUGGAGCUCGGCCAGGGACAGCACCUUCCAAUCCAUACUUGUUAGUACUACGUACACCUUCGCCCUCAUCCACUUGGCCAGCACACCCUCUGGUACAUUCACGUUUCAUGCGAGAUCUUUCAAUAAAGCUCAAGCCUCAUGGGGUAGUGGUCAAUGUAUCCCACGACCCAAACAAUAAAGUGGAUUUCUUUGAUCCAUUGAAUGAGCUGAGGGAUGGAUCGGAUGGCUCCUCAACGUUUCUUGCGACGUUGUACCGUUCUGGUCAUCAGCCGCAAGUCGUUGGGGGUGCAAAUUCGUUGGGCAAACUGCUGGACGCAUCAAUACCACGAGCCAAGCCGCCCGUAAGGGAACGGCAUAUUUAUGUGUGUACCCAUGGGUCAAGGGAUUGUCGCUGUGGGACAACGGGGAAGGCUGUAUUCACAACCCUCCGCUCAUUGGCUUCAUCUCUACGACCGGCAUACGAUGCAGAUGAAACGCCCACCGAAAUUACCGUCCGAGAAAUUGGUCACGCUGGCGGUCACAAAUACGCUGCAAAUGUUCUCGACUUUCCUCCAGGAGAUGUCUAUGGAUCUCUCUCUCCCAAUGAAGCCUCAAAGUUUUUCGAUGCACUUACUUCAUCCGUAGAACCCCUCGGUGUUGGUCGACGAAGCCUCGAUCAGGAGCGUUUCUUGCUCAGUAAAUGGAGGGGAAGGCUAGGUCUGACGGAAGAAGAGCAACUUGCUUUCCAUGCUGAGCGGACACGAAUUCUGGGUCGCCUUUCUUCCGAAGGCACAAGCACGGAAGGCACAAUGGGACGGCAUCGACCAGCCCAUCCAGUGACCUUGAACUUGACGUUUGAAACCCACGAUGGAAAAACAUUCUCUAUUUCGGCGCAGGAGGGGCAGUCUAUCAUGCAAAUAGCAAAGGCCAACUCUGUUGACGGCAUCGAAGGGACUUGCGGAGGGAACCUUGAGUGCGCCACCUGUCAUCUUUACGUUGUACCACCUGCAAACGGCCCUGAAGCACCGAUACCUCCAAUGUCCGAAACAGAAGAGGAUAUGCUUGAAUAUGCCCUGUUUCGCGACGACAAGAGGAGUAGGCUUGGAUGCCAGAUCACCUCUACGAAGGAGUUAGAAGCUUGGUGCUCGAACGGUGGAAUACUGAAACUUCCUAGAUUUUAAACACCUAACGAAACGCCAUAUUCGCCCCGUAUGAACGCUAUCUAAUGUAGAAUCUUACUAAAGUCCCACAUUACAUAAUGGAAUAUACAUCCCAAAUUCACAAUGC